ACCGUCAUCAACCGUCUUUCCCGCCCAUACCUCCCUUUGCCUCUUCCCUCCCUCCAUUGCCUCUUCUCUCCGUUUCUCUCUCUCUCUCUCUCUCCACCCCCGAGCGCCGGAAAAUGGUAAAGGCGGUGGUUUACGCCCUUGCCGCCGCCGCCUUGAUCGCCUUCAUAAUCUUCUCCCCGGCAGGCCAAAAGGGUCGCGACCGCCGCGGCUCGAAUCGCCGCCUCGGCAUCAGAUUGUCCCUCCCGAAUUUCGACCCCCUCGUGACCGAACUGGAGAGAAGGGGAGAAGGGAAACAGGCGGAGCGAGAAGACCCUCCGGCGAGCGCGGGAGCCGGUUCUCCGAUCGGCGUGAGCGAGUAUUUAACCGACGAGGGCAAGCUCAACAUCACCUUGAGGCUAUUGUUCUUGUUCCCGCUGUUGGACAGCGCGCCAAAGGACGGGGCGGUCAGCUUCGACGAGCUCGAGGCAUGGAACGUGGGGCAGGCGCGCGACCGGCUGAGCUAUCAAAUGCGGAAGGAGUUGGUGUUUUUCGACAAGGAUGGAGAUGGAGCUAUUUCCUUCGGGGAGUACCUUCCUCAGUUCUCAGAUGAAGACAUAGAUAGAAAUGGCUCGGCACACGGUGAAGCCGGGUGGUGGAAGGAGCAAUUCCUCAACGCCGACGUCGACCGGAACGGAACUCUCAGUUUCAAUGAGUUCAUGGAUUUCUUGCAUCCCGAAGAUAGUAACAACACAGAAAUCCAGAAAUGGCUUCUCGGGCAAAAACUGAAGCGAAUGGACUACGACGGUGAUGGUAAACUCAACCUCGACGAGUUCACGGAUCACAUCUAUGAUAUCUACAAGAACUAUGUUGAAUUUGAAGCCCAUGGCGGUCAUGUGCCCACACCUGAACAGAAAUUCACCGAUCUCGAUGUGAACGACAAUAAACUCCUGGAAGUUGAAGAAAUGAUUCCAAUACUCCAUUAUUUGAAUCCUGGAGAGUUAUCUCACGCUAAAUAUUACACUGCUUAUUUGAUCCGCGAGGCUGACGACAACAAAGACGGUAAUUUAAGCCUUGAGGAGAUGCUUAAUCACGAGGAUAUGUUCUACGCCUCGCUCUUUGAGGAGGAUGAGGAGGAGGAUGAACUGCACGACGAACUCUGAAAAUGGAUUGCCGUCACUCAAUUUUACUUCGGGUCUUCCUCCAAAGAGAACUUCUGCAUCAGCUGCGGCAGCAUCUUUGUUCAAAAAACUUUCAUGAGGCAGAAAACGCGAGAGGGGGAAAGGGAAAGCUUUUUGAGAGAAAAAUUGGAACUUUAGAACAAACAGAUGUUAUGCCGGUUCCCAAAAUUUCCGGUAUGACCUGCAAAUUUUUGAAAGGACCAGUCAUCUAAUGAGUUUUUUUUUGACAGAUUCAAGUAGGAGUUACUUCGUCGACCUUAUUGAUAUUAUUGUAUGUACUAUAUAGGGGUGUUACAACCUUUAAGAGCCUAGAAUAUCAUCGAUAUGAAGAAGGCUUAGUGAAAAUGACAGCAAAAAUAUCAUAUGAUUCCAUCUAGAGGUCUACCUUUCAUUUCCCAGGAGAAGCAGAUUUGGGCUUCUUAGUCCAAAGAGUGUGCUGAAACCAGGUGAUAAAUCGCUUAUUGUGAGAUUUUGGUGGAACCACUACCAACUGUUCUAAAAGCUUAAGUUAUUAUAUAAAGGCGUGGUUUAA